AUGGCCUUCCGACUUUUGGCGGGCAUCACUGGACGCCAGCUCUUGGCUGGCGGCGCUGCGCUUGGAGGAACAGGCCUCGCUGGAUCACUGAUUCAGACAGAAAGUGAAAAGCUGCAGGCUACUGAGGCACAAGUACAGUUUCAUACCUCCUCCAUCCAUCCGACUCCUGUUGGCUAUAGCCCGUGGCAAAUCCGCAAUGACUAUCCAACCUCGGACAUUCUCAAGGCGAGCCUCAAGGCACAGAAGGAAUUUAAGGAUGGUUCACUCCCCCACGCUCCCUCCCCAUUGAUCCCUGCCCCCGGAUUACCUGGUGACUUUGAGGGCAAGAAUGCGCCGUGGUUCAAGUUCGACUACGAGAAGGAACCCGAGAAGUUUGCUGAGGCCAUCAGAGAGUAUUGUUUUGAUGGCAAUGUUGAGAAAGGCUUUCGACUCAAUGAGAACACGGUCCGAGACUGGUACCAUGCACCUUGGAUGCAUUAUCGGGACCCAAACUCCUCGUGUACCGAGCGUGAGCCUAUCAAUGGCUUCACUUUUGAGAGAGCGACACCUGCCGGAGAGUUUGCCAAGACACAAAAUGUAACCCUACAAAAUUGGGCUGUUGGAUUUUAUAACGCUACUGGUGCAACUGUCUUUGGUGACAUGUGGAAGGAUCCUGAUAACCCUGAUUUCUCCCAGAACAAGGAGUUUCCGGUCGGAACAUGUGUGUUCAAGAUCUUAUUGAACAACUCAACACCUGAGCAGAUGCCCAUUCAAGAUGGGGCCCCAACAAUGCAUGCAGUCAUUUCCAAGUCGGCGAGCAACGGAAAGGAGCGCAAUGACUUCGCAUCGCCACUUCGUCUGAUCCAAGUCGACUUCGCUGUCGUUGAUAAGCGCUCACCAAUUGGAUGGGUGUUUGGCACCUUCAUGUAUAACAAGGACCAUCCUGGAAAAGGCCCCUGGGACAAACUCACUCUUGUCGGUCUUCAAUGGGGCAAUGAUCAUUGGUUAACGAACAAGGUCUAUGAAGAGACCAAGGCUGAGGGACACGUGGCUGAGCCGCGAGAGUGCUAUAUCAACCCGGAGGCAGAGAAGGUUCGAAAGCGAGAGGGCGGCACGCGGCCCUCAUGGGGAUGGAAUGGCCGUAUGAAUGGCCCAGCCGACAACUUCAUCUCGGCAUGUGCUUCUUGUCACUCAACCUCAACCUCCCAUCCCAUGUACAAUGGCAAGGUCAAGGACGGCGUGAAGCAAGUCUACGGCAUGGUACCGCCACUAACUAUGGCGCCUUCUCCUCAGCCAAAGCCAGGCAACACCUUCAGCGAUGUGAUGAUCUACUUCCGAAACGUCAUGGGAGGUGUACCAUUCGACGAGGGCGUCAACCCCAAGAAUCCAGAUGAGUAUGAUCCUACCUAUAAGAGCAAGGUCAAGAGCGCCGACUACUCUCUACAAUUGCAGGUCGGUUGGGCCAACUACAAGAAGUGGAAGGAGGAUCACGAGACUUUGGUGCAGAGCGUCUUCCGUAAGACAAGAUAUGUUAUUGGUUCCGAGCUGGGUGGUGCUUCCGAUUUGUCGCAGAGAGACCAAGGUCGACAAGAGCCAAAAGACGAUGGCCCAGUCGAGUGA